UCUAGUAUGGGCUAUACAUCCUAUGAAGCUUUGACAGUACGUUCUUGGUUUCGAUGCAUUUUGCAAAUGUUCAUAGAUCAACCGACUGGUAUGCUGACCAAGACAGAUGCUGAGCGAACAGUUGGAAAAGCCUAUAUGGAACAGCUGACUGAAAUGACAAGACUGAUUUUUAAACUCCCAGAAGUAGAAAACAUUCUUUCAAAGGCUCAUGUUGAAGAGUCAGUUUUCAAGCAAGACCCUAAAAAUGCUCUUGUGCAAUUCAUUAAGGCUCUUGGUAGAACUUACAGUGGCCUUCAGACACUCCCUGAGAAAUCUGCCAUGGUAACAAAGACUCUGGAGUAUUUAGGUGACGUAUUGAAGUAUGUAAAACCUUAUCUGAAGGUAAAAGGACCUCCAGAAGGUCUGCAGCUUACAUAUUGGAUCAUAGGGUGUCUGGUAAAGUUCUGGGCACCGAUACUGGCUACUUCCAAAGCACAGCAACUCCUGUUCCGCAUCGUGGAUUGCUUACUGCUGCCACACUCUGUGCUCCAGCAGGACAAAGAGCUGCCUGUGGCUUUGCUGUCUGCCAUUCAGGAAAGCCUACCUCUUUAUCUUCAG